GUAAAAACGAAGAAGACAAGAAUAUUACAAAUAUUUGUCUUAAGAUUAUAACCUCAAUUUUAAACAGUUUUCAGUAGAUACUAAAAUCAAUUCAAAUGUCUAAAGCCGCCGCAAGAUUAAAGUCUUUGAAAAAAGUUUCAGAAAAAAUUCAACACGGUAAAAUUCGUACAAAUAUACCAGCUGGUAUGGCAGCUGCAGGACCACCGCUUGGACCAAUGUUGGGUCAGAGAGGAAUAAAUAUAGCCGCAUUUUGUAAAGACUUUAAUGAAAGAACUAAAGAUUUAAAAGAAGGUAUACCUUUACCUACUAGGAUAACUGUUAAUCCAGAUAGAAGUUAUGAAUUAGUGAUAAAUAAGCCUCCAGUAGUAUACUUUCUUAAGCAGGCAGCUGGAAUACAACGAGCUGCUAUGGAACCAGGUAAAGAGAUAAGUGGUAAAGUAACGCUUAAACAUGUUUAUGAAAUUGCCAAAAUAAAACAAACAGAUCCGACGCUAGAGAUCAAGACAUUGGAAGAUGUGUGCAAGAUGAUAGUUGGAAUAGCAAAAUCAUGUGGCAUAGAAGUUGUUGAAGAUUUAAAUGCUGAGGAAUAUGGAGAAUUUUUAAAACAAAGAAAAUUGAUAGUAGAGCAACAGAAAAAGGAAUUACAAGAAAAGAAAGAAGCAAAAAUGUUGAGAACAGGCUAGCGAAUUCAAAUUUUAUACUGUAGUGUUUUAUCAUUUUUAGCAAUAGCAUAAAAAUGUUUUUCAGUUGUCUUUAAAUAUAUUUGUUGCUAAAUUGUCACUUCUGAAUAAAAAUUUGACUUUACAACAGGUAAAAAA